CGGAAACGUCUCUCGUUCUCUCUCGGUCGGACAGACAAGACCAAUCCGGCAAGGUCGGCGAUUUUUCGUUCUCGAAUCGUCGAUUCGGUCGUCGUCCGGAUCGCGCGCGCACGACGCGACUUUUCCAACGUCCCCCGGUUGUUCCGGAUCGCACGCUCGUGAUCCGUGGAUGAGAUAACACACGGACAGACAUUAAUUGGUGUUGCAUCAGCCAUACCGGUUGGAUGUGCGUAGUUACGCUUAGAUAUUUUUGGACAAUUCUCGGUGUUUUUACACCGACUUUUUCGGUUUAUCAUUAAUUUUAACGAACGUACAACUCCGUGGCUUGUACCCAAACCACGGUUUAGGACCUGUGUCACGAUUUUUAAAGACUUAGAAUGGCGUAUGGACUAGCUUGAAACGGUCCUUUGAGCCAUAUAUGCACCAAACCAAACACGGACAGACAGACAGACAACGGUGACGAGAGAGAGAUAGCUCCGCGAUCACAAGUAUUAUUAUCGUUGGGCACGUCAAAAUCCCCCGCGAUUAAAAUCAAUCCGCGGCAUGGUGAUCGACGCCCGCAGAUAAAACCUCUGGGGGACGCGUUUUAUUUAUAAAAAAAAUGAUUGUCACGAUGCCAUGGAGAAGUUUCCACUAAAGGGAACGUCCUUUAACUCGACAAUUCCUCAAUCAAAUGCAAAUGCGGUUACAACAUAUCAUUCGGUCGAUGCUAAGAACAUUAAGUAUGGCGACAUCGCAAAUACAGAAGAUGUACGAUUACGAACCGGGUCUGUAAGACGCGAGACAAAUUUAAGUAGUGACGAAGACAUGCUGGAUAUCAAUCACCAUCAUCAUCAUUCGGAUAGCAACGUAUUGUCAGACCACAUGAUUCGCAUUGAUGAUACAUCGUCUCAUAUUUCAGUUGAUUCUGAUGACAUACCCGGCAUCGGACAGUAUGAUGACUUUCAUACUAUCGACUGGCAGCGGGACAUCGCGCGAGAUCGGAUGCGACAUCGUUACAUCGUGAAGAAGAAACACGAUUCCAUUUGCGGUCUGAUCAAGGGUGCUCACGACGCCUGGUCGGGAUGGCUAUGUGUUUUACUAGUCGGACUUUUCACGGGUGUGGCGGCUGGUGUUAUAGAUAUCGGCGCUUCCUGGAUGACAGAUCUCAAAUUCGGUAUCUGUCCGCAAGCCUUUUGGCUCAACAAGGAACAAUGUUGUUGGAGCUAUAACGAGACAACGUUCGACGGAGGAAAUUGUUCGCAGUGGCGGACGUGGCCCGAGGUAUUCGAUCAGUCAAAAGAGGGCGCGGGGCCGUAUACAAUUUCGUAUUUAUUUUACACAGCAUGGGCCCUUCUGUUUGCAGCUCUUUCCGCAUCUCUGGUGCGAAUGUUUGCACCGUAUGCCUGUGGUUCCGGUAUACCCGAGAUAAAAACGAUCUUGAGCGGCUUUAUUAUCCGUGGUUACUUGGGUAAAUGGACGCUGAUUAUAAAAUCAGUAGGUCUGAUCCUCUCCGUAUCGGCAGGCUUAAGUUUAGGAAAAGAAGGACCUAUGGUGCACAUUGCGUGCUGCAUAGGAAAUAUAUUUUCUUAUCUAUUUCCAAAAUACGGUAGGAACGAGGCGAAGAAGAGAGAAAUCUUGUCUGCCGCGGCCGCGGCCGGAGUUUCCGUCGCUUUUGGAGCUCCAAUUGGCGGUGUUUUAUUUAGCUUAGAAGAGGUCAGUUAUUACUUUCCUUUAAAAACUCUGUGGCGAUCAUUCUUCUGCGCUUUGAUAGCUGCUUUUGUCUUACGUUCCAUAAAUCCGUUUGGAAAUGAACACUCAGUAUUGUUUUAUGUACAAUAUAAUAAACCGUGGAUAUUCUUUGAAUUGAUUCCCUUCGUCAUGCUCGGAAUAAUUGGGGGAAUAAUAGCAACGUUAUUUAUCAAAGCGAACUUAUUUUGGUGUCGAUAUCGUAAAACUUCGAAGUUAGGACAAUAUCCCGUUACCGAAGUGUUAAUCGUAACAGUGGUAACAGCGGUAAUCGGAUACCCCAAUCCAUAUACAAGAAUGAAUACGAGUCAGCUCAUUUACUUGCUGUUCAGCCAGUGUGGAGUAUCAAAUGUGGAUAUGCUAUGUGACUACAAUAGAAACUUUACCGCUGUCAAAUCUGCCAUCGAGAUUGCCGCAGCUGGUCCAGGAGUCUACAAUGCCAUAUGGCUGCUCGUGCUUGCGUUGAUAUUAAAACUCAUCAUGACGAUAUUCACGUUCGGCAUGAAAGUACCGUGCGGUUUAUUCAUUCCGUCCCUGUGUCUGGGAGCGAUUGUUGGCCGUAUCGUGGGCAUAGGAAUGGAACAACUUGCCUACAAUUAUCCCCACAUAUGGAUGUUCAGUGAGGAGUGUUCUACGGGUGUCGACUGUAUCACACCCGGUUUGUACGCGAUGGUCGGGGCCGCCGCUGUUCUCGGCGGUGUAACCAGAAUGACUGUUUCCUUGGUGGUUAUUAUGUUCGAAUUAACGGGCGGCGUGCGUUACAUCGUACCUUUGAUGGCCGCGGCUAUGGCGAGCAAAUGGGUCGGCGAUGCUCUCGGAAAACAGGGUAUCUACGACGCUCAUAUCGGUCUGAACGGCUAUCCGUUUCUGGACAGUAAAGAUGAAUUCCAGCAUACAACUCUGGCGGCAGAUGUCAUGCAGCCCAAACGAAACGAGGCUCUUCACGUCCUUACUCAGGACUCGAUGACGGUCGAGGAUGUAGAGAACUUGCUGAAAGAAACGGAGCACAAUGGCUUCCCCGUAAUAGUUUCUAAAGAAUCUCAGUAUCUUGUUGGUUUUGUUUUACGGCGAGAUCUAAAUCUUGCCAUCGCCAAUGCCAAAAGAAUGAUCGAAGAUAUUAGCAGACAAUCGUUGGUUAUAUUCACUAACGGAAACAAUAUCCAAAGUCAUUCGCCUCCGCCUUUGAAGCUGAAGAAGAUCUUAGAUAUGGCUCCGAUCACUAUCACAGAUCAGACUCCUAUGGAAACUGUAGUUGAUAUGUUUAGAAAAUUAGGAUUACGUCAAACUCUCGUUACACACAACGGGCGGCUCUUGGGUGUAAUUACGAAGAAAGAUGUCUUGAGGCAUGUAAAACAGCUCGACAAUGAGGAUCCCAAUUCUGUUUUAUUCAAUUAAACACACAUUGCCAUUGAACGACAAAGCCAACAUGAAAUUUAUCUAUUUCGAUGCGUCAGCGUAAUAACGAACAACCAUAUAAAGAGUAUAUAAUUUAUAUGAAUUUAAGUGAAAUGCAUAUUUUAUCAAUAUUCUCCAUCGAUCUGUCUGCACACCUUGAAGUACAUCACUUAAAUUAUUACAUCAUUGUAUGUAACUAGAAGAAAGAAAGGUAAGCGUGCAAUAGUCAUAGAUCGUUAAAUUUGUAUGUAUGUUUACUCUUAUUCGAGUAAAAAGAUAGGGAGAGAGCUUGAGAUUAUAUUUUAUUUUAUCUGGUCAUAUUCCGAAUCGAAUUUUCGUUAUCGCAUUGUAGUUAAAUGAGAAAUAAUGAACCGUUAUGAGAUGACAGUUCGCGUGAUAUAAAAUAAUUUUACUUUGUGUGCAUUUUUGUUUUUUUUGUUUUUUUGGGGGGAAAAAAUUACAGACAUUAAAACUAUAGAGAUCAUGUAUAAAUAGUGUAUGUAUGUAUAUAUA